AUGGAGUCCAAAGACUCGGCUAUUCCAUCGGAUCGCCAGAGCGGCAAUGAUUCUAACCAAAAGCCUUUGGAAGACGAGUCAGAUGCCAAAAAUGCCAAGGAGGCGAAUGCGAAAAGCCCUGCUGUAGCUUCUUCCGAGUUGGCAAAGCCCGUCACCAAGGAUGAUUCCAUUUCUAAGACAAGCCGCCAACAGAAGAAGUCUAAGGAUGGUAAGACCAAACUGGCUUCUAUGCAGGAAGAUGCGGGCGGUUCUGGCAGUUCCAGCGAAGGUGCUGUGUCAGAUCUAGACGACGAGGAACCAUCCAGAGCUGCUGACCGAUCACCCAAAAAGCGAAUGGGAGUCAAGAACAAGGGCAAGAAAAAGACGCGUGAGAGCAAGAAAAGUUCGACCAAGGAGAAACUUACAAAGAAACCCACCACCAAGAAGAAGAGGAAGAAGGAUAAGGCCCCCGACACAUCGUCCGAUUCUGAUUCAAACACUGACACGGAUGAUGACUCCAUUUCAUCCGACUCCGAGUCUUCUUCAGACGAAGAUUCAAAUACUAAGAGCGAUAAGAAGACGUCGAAGAAAGACCUGAAGAGUCAGUUCAAGGCACUGGAGUUUCAGUUUGCUCAACUCCAGUACCAGCUAGCCAAUUCAAGCAACUAUGCUUCCUAUGGUGCCCCCGCCCACCCGUAUUCUUUACAGCACGCUUCUUACCCAGUACCGCCUCAGGGUGCAGCCGCUAUGGAUCGCACAUCUGCUGCUCUUGCGCGUGGUAUGCACCACCCUCAUCGAGGGCGUCCAUUCCUACCAGAACUCCAGGACACAGAUUUGGAGGAUAAGGAUACUGACGACGAAAGUUCUGGCAUUGCCAAGAAGAAAAAGAAAUCUAGCAAGGAAAAGAAGUUUAAGAAUCCUGCUUUCAAGCGCGUGGACCAAGUAUGGGACAGCAAUAUUCAUAACUACAAGCUGCAGGACACAGCCGAUGCGGCUACCGAUUCACAAUACGAAGACUUCGUUUUUCACGUUCGCCGGACCUUCGACUGGGAAGGAAAGUACAGGACAACUAUUGUCGAUAUCAAGAGCAAGCUCCUUCGUGAAUGUUUGCAAGAUGUGAUUGGCAAUGUCGAGGGCAUCAGUCUCGUGGAUGAGGUUCCCAAGAUCAGCCCCAACCUCCUAUUCUUGUAUUUGGAAGAUAUGCGAACUCACCUCAAGGCGCUUCGAAAGGCCAAGCCCGCUGGCGAAACGAAGAAGGCUCACAGGAAGAACAAAGAACGCCUCAAGGACAAGAGAAAGCACUUGAAGGUUCUCAUUAAGUACCUCGACCACGACUUCGAAUCCAUAAAGGAAAGCCUUUACCCCAUGUUGGAGAGCGGCCUCAUCACCUUCGACUUACUUUGGGCCUUGUGGAAACCAAACACGCUGGCCUACACCACAACAUAUGGAAGCACUCAGGAGCCGCGAGUCUUCAAGGUCGAAAUGGCACAGCUUCACCGCAGCAUCAUGAAAGGAGAGUUUUACUACGUUGAUGGUAAAUACUUCGAGUUCGAUGGCAAGCGUUUUGGCUACGGCAACACGUCAGUCGAGAUGGAAGAAUUCCAAGGGGCCAAGAAGAUUACCAGCCUCACAUGUUAUCCACUGCAGUAUCAUCAGAAUGAGGAGAAGCUUCGUCGUGACUUGAUCGAGCGAGGCAAAAAGUUUGUAUCUCUAAGUGGCGUCCACUACAAGAGCUAUCAAGGCAUUGCCUUCAUGAAACGAAAGAAAGGCCAAGUGAUGAAGUUUAACAUCCAGCCUAGCCGGGUCAUGAUUGAUCCAACUAUCUUCCGAAGAAUCAACCCUAACUACAGUGUUUCAACUGUCAAGCCUAAGGAUCCGGAUAUUCUCUCUGAUGACGAAGAUUCUGACUCGGAUUCAGAUAAUUGCUGUGGCUGCUCUGAUUCAGAAGAUGGCGAAAAGGUCAAAUGGGUAACCAAGGUUUAUAAGGACUCUGACGGUGAGGUACAGAUGGUCAAAUUUCCCAGAAGCGAGAUCGAGGAUGAACAAGACAUUGAACUUGACAAACUCCCCUCCAAGAAAGACGGUGAGGAAGACGAGAGCGAAGGCAGUGGCAAAGACGACGAGAAAAAGGAUGUUCCUGAAUUCACUGACGAGGAAUACCUUAUUGCCUCGCCCGUGGUGCUUGGGUUCGCUUUCUCAGAAAAGCAAUGGCUUGAGCUAGCUGUCUCUGGUGCAAGCGACAUCAAAUGGAACGAAAAGGCUUGGGAUUCCUUGGUUCUUGAAGACGGCACCAAGGACUUGAUCAAAGCUCUUGUCAAGUCUCGUAAGUAUCAUGCAGCCAACACCAUUGAUGAUGUUAUUCAAGGCAAAGGAAAGGGCCUUGUCAGCAAAACACUCACUGCAGAGGGUAUUGGCGAGCUGCUCCAAUGCCCACUGUACAUGGCUUCAGCUGGAGAACUGGGAACAGACUCACGAUUUCUUGAGGCAGAGCUGCAGAAGAUUUUGGACAUCUGUCAUGCCUGGGGCGCAAUCCUCCUACUGGACGAGGCAGAUGUGUUCCUAGAGAAACGCAAUAUGCACGAUAUCCAUCGUAAUGCCCUCGUGAGCAUUUUCCUCCGGCAAUUGGAAUACUUCCAAGGAAUACUGUUCCUCACGACCAAUCGGGUAGAGACAUUCGAUGAAGCGUUCCAGUCUCGAAUCCACAUCGCGCUGCGAUAUGACAACCUCGACUCCAAAGCGAAGCGAACCAUUUUCAAGAUGUUUCUGGACCGCGUUCAGAAGCUGGGUAAGCUCAAGGUGGAACCGCUGACAGAGGACGACCUGACUGCGCUUUCGAAACAAGACCUCAAUGGACGUGAAAUCAAGAAUGUGGUGGGCUCAGCUCAGGACCUUGCUGUUAGCAAGGGAGAGACUCUCAGCAUUCGCCACAUCAAACAAGUUCUUGACGUUCAUGCAAAAUUUGGUCAGGAUUUGAAGGGCGGUACUGGCUACGAAGAUGCCAUGAGAAGCUAUUUCUAG